AUGUACAUGGAGGAGGAUGCUCGAGGCGUCAUGCAGGUACCCUACCAGGCCAGCCAUGGCGGUCGGCCCCAGAGUGACUCAGAGCCGCGCCGUGGUGUGACGGGCGAGAGAAGGAACAUGGCCCCUGCCAGCGAAUCGCGGCCCGCUGUCACCGCCGAGCCGCUGCGUCAUUGGUCAGCUGCCGCAGCCGAACAUCGGGCCUUGCAAGAGUCAUGGCUGCUUCUGCGCAUGCACAACUCAGAGAAACGCUGCCUUUUGCCUCGCUGCCCGCCCAAACAACGCAUCUUCUUCCGCGACACUUCACCUCCUUUUUGCUUCUUCGCCCGCGCCGCCGUCGCUCGACGCCUGCACCCCGCCCGCCCAUGCCUGCCCGCCUGCGCCGCCGCCGCCGCCGCCGCGCUGCCUUGGAGCCCGCCUGUGACUCCCUCUGAGACACAGCCUCAAAACCGGUUUCGCCCUGCCCGCGCCUUCACUCGCCUUCGCCGUGGCCCGUAUGACUGGCCGUCACCACCAUCACCACCUGACAGCCGUCGUGCUCAACUCUCCCCCAUGUGCCCGCCUGGCCCAUGCCACGGCUCCCCGGAUAGAAGGCGGUAG